UUGGGAAGCAUUUGGUGGAUGAAGUGCUUUCUGCCUACCGAGGGUCCCAGGAUGUCUCGCUUCUGGUAGCGAGCAGCCCUCAGCUCCAGGGACUGAAGGGUUAUUGCUGCGGUGCAGAGCGAUGCAGCUGGAGCAUUGUCUUUCUCCCUCUAUCAUGCUCUCCAAGAAAUUUCUCAAUGUGAGCAGCAGUUACCCACACGCAGGCGGAUCCGAGCUUGCCUUGCAUGAUCAUCCCAUUAUCUCGACCACUGACAACCUGGAGAGAAGUUCACCUUUGAAAAAAAUUACCAGGGGGAUGACGAAUCAGUCAGAUACAGACAAUUUUCCCGACUCCAAGGACACACCAGGGGACGUCCAGAGAAAUAAACUCUCUCCCGUCUUGGACGGGGUCUCCGAGCUUCGUCACAGUUUCGAUGGAUCUGCCGCAGAUCGCUAUCUGCUCUCUCAGUCCAGCCAGCCCCAGUCUGCUGCCUCCGCGCCCAGUGCCAUGUUCCCCUACCCCGGCCAGCACGGACCUGCUCACCCGGCCUUCUCCAUCGCCAGCCCUAGCCGCUACAUGGCUCACCACCCCGUCAUCACCAACGGCGCCUAUAACAGCCUCCUGUCCAACUCCUCGCCGCAGGGCUACCCGGCGCCGGGCUACCCCUACCCCCAGCAGUAUGGCCAUUCCUACCAGGGCGCCCCGUUCUACCAGUUCUCCUCCGCCCAGCCGGGGCUGGUGCCGGGCAAGGCGCAGGUCUACCUGUGCAACAGGCCGCUCUGGCUGAAAUUCCACCGGCACCAGACGGAGAUGAUUAUCACCAAGCAGGGCAGGCGCAUGUUCCCUUUCCUCAGUUUUAAUAUUUCUGGUCUCGACCCCACGGCUCACUACAAUAUUUUUGUGGAUGUAAUUUUGGCGGAUCCUAACCACUGGAGGUUUCAGGGAGGCAAAUGGGUUCCUUGCGGCAAGGCAGACACCAAUGUACAAGGGAACCGCGUGUACAUGCACCCCGACUCCCCCAACACGGGAGCGCACUGGAUGCGCCAGGAGAUCUCCUUUGGGAAGCUCAAACUUACCAACAAUAAAGGAGCAUCGAACAACAACGGGCAGAUGGUGGUCCUGCAGUCUCUGCACAAGUACCAGCCCCGCCUGCACGUGGUGGAGGUGAACGAAGACGGCACGGAGGACACCAACCAGCCGGGCAGGGUGCAGACCUUCACCUUCCCCGAGACGCAGUUCAUUGCGGUCACCGCCUACCAGAACACCGAUAUCACGCAGCUGAAAAUCGACCACAACCCCUUCGCCAAAGGCUUCCGGGACAACUACGACACGAUCUACACGGGCUGCGACAUGGACCGGCUGACGCCUUCCCCCAACGACUCGCCCCGCUCGCAGAUCGUGCCCGGGGCCCGCUACGCCAUGGCCGGCUCCUUCCUCCAGGACCAGUUCGUGAGUAACUACGCCAAGUCCCGCUUCCACCCCGGGGCAGGAGCCGGCCCGGGACCCGGCGCCGACCGCAGCGUGCCCCACACCAACGGGCUGCUCUCCCCACAGCAAGCCGAGGAUCCGGGGGCCCCCUCGCCGCAGCGCUGGUUCGUCGCCCCCGCCAACAACCGCCUCGACUUCGCCGCCUCCGCCUACGACACGGCCACCGACUUCGCCGGCAACGCGGCCACACUGCUCUCCUACGCGGCGGCCGGCGUCAAGGCGCUGCCUCUGCAGGCGGCCGGUUGCGCGGGGCGGCCGCUUGGCUACUACGCCGACCCGUCGGGCUGGGGGGCCCGCAGCCCCCCGCAGUACUGCAGCAAGUCGGGCUCCGUGCUCUCCUGCUGGCCCAACAGCGCGGCGGCAGCGCGCAUGGCGGCCGGCAACCCCUACUUGGGGGAGGAGGCGGAGAGCCUGGCUCCCGAGCGCUCCCCUCUGCCGGGCGCCGAGGACUCCAAGCCCAAAGAUUUGUCCGACUCUAGCUGGAUCGAGACUCCGUCGUCCAUUAAGUCCAUCGAUUCCACCGAUUCUGGGAUUUACGAGCAGGCCAAAAGGAGGCGGAUCUCCCCCUCGGACACCCCGGUGUCCGAGAGCUCCUCGCCCCUCAAGAGCGAGGUUCUCACCCAGCGGGACUGCGAUAAGACCUGCGCCAAGGACAUCGGCUACUACGGCUUCUAUUCGCACAGCUAGGCGCGGCCCGGCCCGGCCCCGCCGCCGUUUUGCACAAGAACCUCUCCGCGGUUAGCGCACUGACCCCCUCCCCAUCCGCCCCGGCCCGGCAGGGGGGGAGGCAGAGCUGCCGCCGCCGCCCCCCU